CAUGAGGUCACAGCAGGCUCUGGGGUCACAGCAGGCUGAGGUCACAGCAGGCUCUGAGGUCACAGAGGUGCCAGAGCCCCGUGGUUGCACAGCACCACAAGGACCCAGCAGUCAGUCCUUGAGCACAGCUGUUGCGGCAGCAGCGGCGGUGGCAGCAGUGGUGCUGACAUUGGGACAGCGGUGUCAGGACAGUGGUGGCAGCAAGAGCUGGGGACUGGCAGAGGGCAAGGCACCAUGGCCCUUGCUCUGCGCCUCUUCCUCCCGCUCCUCCUGGCCGUGGCCCUGCCUGCCAGGGCUGCCCAGGCUGCUCCGCUGCAAGCGCGGGGAGCAGCUUGGGAUGGCGACAUGGCUUAUCCGGAUGCCCUACUGGAUGACAGCUUGAAUCUCUUGGAGAAUGCUGGAGGUCCUUCUCCAUGGAAGAACUCAGACACUGGAGACAAGAAAUCCCUGGAGGCAGCCAGACACCUGGACCAGAUGCUGAGUGAUCUGGAGAGACGCCGUGAGAUGAACCGAAAGGCUGUGCUGAAGGCAGCAUUUCCCGGAGGAAGCAGUGGCCCAUUGGCAGCCCCUGCUGCAGGAAGUGAGGCGAUGCCAGGCACAGUCACAGGAGCUUGGGAUGGCGACAUGGCUUAUCGGGAUGCCCUACUGGAUGACAGCUUGGAGAAUUCUCUUGGAGAGAUUCUCUUGGAGAAUGCUGGAGGUCCUUCUCCAUGGAAGAACUCAGACACUGGAGACAAGAAAUCCCUGGAGGCAGCCAGACACCUAGACCAGAUGCUGAGUGAUCUGGAGAGACGCCGUGAGAUGAACCGAAAGGCUGUGCUGAAGGCAGCAUUUCCCGGAGGAAGCAGUGGCCCAUUGGCAGCCCCUGCUGCAGGAAGUGAGGCGAUGCCAGGCACAGUCACAGGAGCUUGGGAUGGCGACAUGGCUUAUCGGGAUGCCCUACUGGAUGACAGCUUGGAGAAUUCUCUUGGAGAGAUUCUCUUGGAGAAUGCUGGAGGUCCUUCUCCAUGGAAGAACUCAGACACUGGAGACAAGAAAUCCCUGGAGGCAGCCAGACACCUGGACCAGAUGCUGAGUGAUCUGGAGAGACGCCGUGAGAUGGACCAAAGGGCUUUGCUGAAGGCAGCACUUCCUGAAGGAAGCCGUGGCUCCGUGCCAGCCCCCGAUACACGAAGGGAGGAGAUGCCAGACAGUGCCACAGAAGACGUUAUCACUGAAACAGGAAUAUUUGCCCCGGAUCCAGUGCGCCUCCCAAGAAUUGUCUGCCCCCAGGAUGUGCGCAGGUCCUGCAUGAUAGGCACGGUGGUGACACUGUUCACCGUGCCCCUCGUGCUGAUCGGCUGCUAUCUUGGCAUUCGGAAGCUGUACCAGAGCAGACAUGCUUUUUCCAGUUAUUUGAUAUAGUGAAUGAUGGCUGGACCAUCGAGGAUCUCGUCUCGACGGUGGUAGCUCUAUUCCCCUUCCUCUCUUUUCUCUCUGUUUCCCUUUUCUGUCCCUUCUAUCGCAUUUGCUGUUGGUACCUAAAUAAAGAUGCAUUUGUUGUGAUUAAAGUGAUGGUCCCUUGCCAUUUGCAGUUUUGCACUUUUGGGAUCGGUUAACAAACCAUCACAAACACCCCGCAAGAGUGGAUCGUGACAGGUUGUGGGGGAUCCUUUGCUCUCUUGGAUGGGGGAGGGAGCGGGGAAAUGGAAUCAAGAUGAGACAGGGAUCAGCCAGCCCCACGCCAGGCAGCGUUUUCUCCUCUGAGAGCUCCUCUGAGCUGAGCGAGCUGGUGAAGC